CGAUUAUCGCGCAACGGGCUCAUGAGGGCGCUGUGCAGAAAACACGGAAGCGGUCAAAUCAAGUGGACGGUUUCGAGAUUUUGUUGCGAAAAUGACCCAAGGAAAAGCUGAUGACGACUCUGCGUAUUCUGCAAGAGAAGUCAUGGACACUGUUAGUGAGAUGUCCAAGCUACUUGAGACUGGUCUAGACUCAGGGACCCUAGCCAUAGCUGUCAAGCUGUGUGAGCUGGGUGUCAAUCCUGAAGCACUAGCGUCAGUCAUACAGGAACUACGCAGAGAAAUGGCCGCUUACAAUGCUGGUGGUGGAGAUAGCACAACAUGAGACAGCGCUGUUGAACCUGUGGGAGACAUUUACUGAAUGUACAUGUACUUGGAAACUUCAAGGAUCAUAAGAGAGAUGUUUGGAAUAAAUGCCAAUCGCUGGAGCGUCUAUCUUAGGCCAUUUUUUAACUUGUGCUGCAUUACAUGUUCAUGUACAGUGAAAAAAAAGCUCCUUCAAAACAGACUGACUUCCCAAGUUUGUUCUACUGUGUAUAUUUGGUCAUAUACAUGUACUGUGAAUAGUGCUUUGUCAUUUGUAGCUAAUGAUAAGCUACAAAACAUUAGUUCUGCAAGAAACGUUUCAUCCUUAUUAAAGAUUAUUACAUGCACUUUGUACAGGUUCAUUGAUUUCCCCAUUAUAAAGAACAAAAAUAUUAGACAAAUAUUAUCCAUGGUCCCAUAGGCGCGCUAAAGAAUGUUUAACUCGAAAUAAAGUGGUGGAACUGGACUUGGGUGCAGAAGAUCAGAAGAGAAUCCGAUUUUCAAUCGGGCAUUGAAUGGACUUGAUUUUUAAAUUUUUAAUUGACAACCGAAUCUUGUGGUUUCAUAAGGCCAUGCGCCAGCCGGUAGUCUGUGAUAAAUCAAUUAAACUAGACCAAACAGACUGUUAACAGGUUGUCUGAAAUUAAAUGACUUUUGAAAGUUAAUUAAUUAAAUUAAAUGAAGUGUGUAAUUUACCAUGUUUACCUGUGUCAAUAAACGGAACAGCUGGUGUUUGUAUAAAAC